CUGCAGUCACCGGCUUGGCGCUGGCUUUCAGCGGGGGAGGGUUUAGCUAGACAGUUUAGCAGGGGCGAUUAUUCCCGGAUUAAAAGUAGGCAGGAACUGUGGGAGGAAGGCUGAAACACUGUUCUCGAAGUUUUGGCGCAACUUUAUUUUCAAGGGUUCGACAACACCUCCCUGGAGAGGUUUUUCAACUCAUGGAAUACAUAAAUGAAGCGAAACUAGGCGUCAGGCCUGUGACCAACUAGCUAACUGUUAGUUUAGCUAACGUUGCUUUCCACAUAUCUCGCUAUCCACUAGGUGUUGCCACCGUGCGUGACUAACUUCGUUAGCUUAGCUACUAGUAGCUUUAUUGUGUUAUGGAUUGAUACAGGCCCGGUUAGUUUUACUGCAAAUGUGUCUUAUUUUUCAAAACUUUUAGAAAGUUAUUGCUAACAAGUUAUCCGAGAGCAACAUUCUCUAUCCUUCGCUGAAAUCAAAUUUGAGCAGUGUGUGUUUUGGACAAAGUGAUUGCGCUAGCCAAGCUAAUUUGACAGGCGUUUGUUUUGUUGUUGAUCAAACGUAAAAUCGCGGUCACCCAAGCGUCCAGGCAGCUGUCAUCCGCUCAGAAGAAAGGGACCACCGACCGGAGCGAACCUUUUUCCACACCCAACCCGCCAGGACCCCCUGUAGUCUGCGGCUGGCCCCAGAAGGAGCUGGCCACACGGCACUGCCUGCCCAAUGGAGGAACAUGACAACAUGGAUUAUUUUUACCAGCAGGUCCUGCAGAAAGACGUUACCCGCAGGCUGCAGGUCGGGCAGGACUUCAUAGACUACCUGAACGACCCGCAGAGGUCCACCGAUGUGGAGCAAGACAAACCACGGCUGGAUAAAACUGUAGAUGAGCUGACGGGAUGGGUCAACUCCAGCAACUACAAGGUGGCGUUGUUGGGGAUAGACAUUGCCGGGGCGUUUGUCGAUCGCUUGGGGGAGCGCUUCAGAGGAUACCUGGGAACAGUGGUCCCUGCGUUAGUGGACCGGUUGGGGGACAGUAAGGACCAGGUCAGAGAACAGAGUCAGACAGUCAUCCUCCGCUGUAUGGAAGUCACAGCAUCGCCUAUGUAUGUGUGGGAGAGGUUGCUUCCUGGUUUUAAACAUAAGAAUUUCCGCAGCAGAGAGGGCGUGUGUCUGGUUCUCUGCGCCACCCUCAACAUGUAUGGUGCUCAGCCUUUGAGUCUCAGUAAGAUCGUUCCGUACCUCUGCACUCUGACAGGAGAUCAGAACCCACAGGUGCGUGAGGCUGCCACAGCAUCGCUGGUGGAUGUGUAUCGCCACAUAGGAGAGAGAGUCAGAGCCGACCUUGGAAAGAGAGGCCUGCCUGCCACACGGUUACAGACAAUAUACGGGCGUUUUGAUGAAGCGUUGAAUUCUGGGAACAUGGCGCUCAGCCCCAGUCACGUCUCACAGAUUUCUAUCGUAUUGCGUCCAUCUCCGAAAAGAAGACAACCAAGGAGAAUCAUCCUUCGUCAUAACCAUAGUUUUGAGGAUGAUGUGGACAGUACAGAUGGGAGCCGUGCUCAGGCUGCCUUCAAAGUCCCCAAAAUCCCCAAGAAGCCUGCAGAGUCCUCUACCGCACGCAGACCCAGCGCUACAGGACCCAAGAUCGGAGGUGCGUCUAAGGAUGGAGCUGGGGGCAUCGAUGAGGAAGACUUCAUCAAAGCCUUCACUGACGUCCCCACAGUACAGAUCUACUCGUCUCGUGACCUGGAGGAUAACCUGAAUAAGAUCAGAGAGAUCUGUUCUGAUGACAAACAUGACUGGGACCAGAGAGCCGCUGCAAUGAAGAAGAUCCGCUCCCUGAUUGUUGCCGGGGCAACGGAGUACGAGUGUUUCUUCCAACACCUGAGGCUGUUGGACGGAGCGUUCAAACUGUCAGCUAAAGACCUCCGAUCACAGGUGGUACGAGAGGCCUGCAUCACUGUGGCCCACCUGUCGACAGUGUUGGGUAAUAAGUUUGACCAUGGUGCUGAGGGCAUUCUUCCUAUCCUGUUCAACCUCAUCCCUAACUGUGCCAAGGUUAUGGCCACUUCAGGGGUGUCUGCUAUACGCUUCAUCAUACGGCACACACAUGUUCCCAGACUCAUUCCCCUGAUCACCAGUAACUGCACCUGCAAGUCUGUGGCCGUCAGAAGGAAAUGUUUUGACUUCUUGGACCUGCUGCUGCAGGAGUGGCAGACCCAGACUCUGGAGAGACAUACAGCAGUGAUGGUAGCGAGCAUUAAGAAGGGGAUUGCAGAUGCCGACGCAGAGGCCAGAGUAGAGGCCCGCAAGGCGUACUGGGGUCUGAGGAACCAUUUUCCGGGAGAGGCGGAUUCUCUGUUCAACUCGUUAGAACCGUCUUAUCAGAGGAGCCUCCAGUCGUCUCUCAGGAAUGCCGGGAGCGUGGCGUCUCUUCCUCAGAGUGACCGCUCCUCUUCCUCUUCACAGGAGAGCCUCAAUCGUCCUCUGUCGUCUAAAUGGUCAGCUGCUCCUGGUAGAGUCCCGGCUGGUCAUAAGGGCGGGGCGUCGCCAGGCUCCCUGCAGCGUUCCCGUAGCGAUGUGGAUGUUAAUGCAGCAACGGUUGCUAAGCAGCGGCACAUCGGGCAGGUGGGGGCGGGGAGACUGACCCCCGGCUCCUACUCGUCAUUGGAUGAUGCCUCUGAUAAAAUGGAUGGGGCCAGGACAGUCAAUGGUCGUCUGAGGACCAAGCAGCCUCUCACCACGGCGACCAGCGUCAGCCAGGUGGACUCCCGGGGACGUACCCGCACCAAGAUGGUGUCCCAGUCGCAACGUUCCGACGAAUCAGAUUGCACGCCAGGAUCUCAGUCUGCUACCCCCAUUGGUGCCGGCAGUCGGAGUGGUUCCCCGGGUCGCGUCCUGACCAGUACCGCUCUGAGUACUCUGGGUUCUGGAGCCCAGAGGGUCCUAGCUGGGGCUGGAGGGAGGCGUAGCCGCAUCCCCCGCAGCCAGGGCUGCUCACGAGACUCCUCCCCUACACGCCUGUCUGUCGCGCCCUCCAGUAUUAGUUCCAUCUACAACGGCGCAAGCAGAGGAGCUCGGGGCAGUCGUAUCCCCCGGCCCAGUAUGAGUCAGGGCUGCAGCAGGGAGGCCAGCAGAGAGAGCAGCAGAGACACCAGCCCUGUACGCUCCUUUACACCCCUGGCGUCGCGGCACUACUCUCGCUCCACUGGAGCUCUCCAUACCGCCGACGCUUUAGGGGCCACAGGGUCAGGGUACAGUAUCAGUCAGUCCAGUCGUCUGUCCUCAUCCGUCAGCGCCAUGAGAAUCCUCAACACAGGAUCUGAUGUAGAAGAGGCCCUCGCUGAUGCCCUGCUGUUGGGAGACAUGAGAUCCAAGAAGAAGCCAGCGCGGCGGCGCUAUGAGAACUAUGGGAUGUAUUCGGAUGAUGAUGCUAACAGUGACGCGUCCAGCGCCUGCUCAGAGCGCUCCUACAGCUCCAGGAAUGGAGGAGCCAUCCCUACGUACAUGAGACAGACUGAGGACGUGGCCGAGGUGUUGAACCGCUGUGCCAGUGCCAAUUGGUCGGAGAGGAAGGAGGGACUGCUGGGUCUACAGGCUCUACUGAAGAACCAACGCACCCUCAGUCGUGUGGAGUUGAAGAGGUUGUGCGAGAUCUUCACCAGAAUGUUUGCAGACCCCCAUAGUAAGGUGUUCAGUAUGUUCUUAGAGACCCUAGUGGACUUUGUCCUGGUGCACAGAGAAGACCUGCAGGACUGGCUGUUUGUCCUGCUCACCCAGCUGCUGAAGAAGAUGGGAGCUGACCUGCUGGGAUCAGUACAGGCCAAGGUCCAGAGAGCACUGGACAUCACACGAGAGUCUUUCCCCAACGACCUCCAGUUCACUAUCCUUAUGAGGUUCACUGUGGACCAGACUCAGACACCAAACCUCAAGGUGAAGGUGGCUGUUCUGAAGUACAUUGAGACAUUGACCCUGCAGAUGGAGCCGCAGGACUUUGUGAACUCCAGUGAGACGCGCCUGGCUGUGUCACGCGUCAUCACCUGGACCACAGAGCCCAAGAGCUCCGACGUCAGGAAGGCUGCCCAGUCGGUGUUGAUCUCGUUGUUCCAGUUGAACACUCCAGAGUUCACCAUGCUGCUGGCAGCUCUGCCCAAGACCUUCCAGGAUGGCGCCACCAAAUUGCUACAGAACCACCUGAGGAACACAGGCAAUGCUGCACAGGCCCCGACAGGAAGCCCUCUUACACGCCACACACCCCGCUCUCCUGCCAGCUGGUCCAGCCCCCUCACCUCUCCUACCAACACAUCACAGAACACAUCCUCACCCAGUGCAUUUGACUACGACACAGAGAACAUGAACUCAGAGGACAUCUACAGUAGUCUGAGAGGAGUCACAGAGGCCAUCCAGAACUUCUCCGUCCGUAGCCAGGAAGACAUGAACGAACCGGUCAGACGGAGGGAAGGAGAGGAGGGUGGUAGUGCUAGUGCUGACCAGGUGGAUGGAGGUCGUACAGCUCUGGACAACAAGACGUCUCUCCUCAACACCCCCCUGCUCUCCUCUUCUCCCCGGGGGUCCCGUGACCCCUUCACUGACUCCCCCUUCAAACACAGCGUCAUAGAUACUUCACUAGACGAAUCAGACCAGCAAACUGACGACAGCAGCAUUGACCAAUCAGAGCUGGUGUCAGAGCUGCUGAAGGAGCUGUCCAAUCACAAUGAGCGUGUGGAGGAGAGGAAGGCAGCGCUUUGUGAGCUCUUGAAGCUGAUUCGAGAAAACACCCUGCAGGUCUCCUGGGAUGAACACUUCAAAACCAUCCUCCUGUUACUACUGGAGACGCUGGGGGACAGAGAGCAUGUGAUCAGGGCGUUAGCUCUGCGUGUUCUGAGGGAGAUUCUGAGCCGCCAGCCCUGGAGGUUUAAGAACUACGCUGAACUCACCAUCAUGAAGGCCCUGGAGGCGCACAAGGACCCACACAAAGAGGUGGUGCGAGCGGCAGAGGAGACUGCAGCCAUGCUGGCGUCAUCCAUCAGUCCAGACCAGUGUAUCAAGGUGUUGUGUCCCAUCAUCCAGUCAGCUGACUACCCCAUCAACCUGGCUGCCAUCAAGAUGCAGACUAAAGUUAUAGAGAGGGUCCCCCAUGAAGGACUAGUCAGCAUGCUGCCUGAGAUAGUCCCCGGACUCAUACAGGGUUAUGACAACUCUGAGAGCAGUGUGAGGAAGGCCUGUGUAUUCUGUCUGGUGGCCCUCUACGCAGUCAUAGGGGAGGAGCUAAAACCUCACCUCAACCAACUGUCUGGCAGCAAAUUGAAGUUGUUGAAUCUGUACAUCAAGCGUGCCCAGUCCGGCUCCAGUGGUGGUGAGCCCCCAGCAGACAGCCUAUAGAACAGAUGAACAGCCCACGGGACAACUAUGGAGCUGCACUCUCCCUCUGGAGACUUAACACGGACACACAAGGACACACUCUUACAUGGAUGCACAAACACAUACAUGCUUACAUGAACACACAUGUGCACUUACUUACACGCUUACAUGAACACACAUACGCUUACAUCUGCUUACACAAACAUGCUGAUAAGAAGGCUCUGACACCCCCCCACCCCUCCUGGUACCUCCAAGUUGCCUACUGCAGGGCACUCUGGGAAGAGAGGAGUGUUGUAGUUCCCUUCACUGACGUUGAAGAUCCAACCUGCUCUGAGAUUCACCCCUGACGUCGACACACCUCGCCCUCUGACCCCGAUCUCACUCUGAAGCCUCAACGCUAACGGUUUUAACUUUGGUUUAACUUCCUGGUUUUAGUACAAUAGGGGAGGGGCCGGAACAGCAGCAUGAUGUAGCCACACCCCAGGCAGGAUAAACAGAGGGAGGGUAGAGGAGCAUGUAUGUGUGUGAUAGGGGGGUGUAUAUCUGUGGUCAGUCAGCCUGUCCGUCAUAGUGGUUGAGUGGGUUUUAGCCGCUGAAACUGAAGGCAAAUCUGAAAUGGCACCCUAAUCCCUAUGUAGUGGACUACUUUUGGCCAGAGCUACAUAGUGCCACUGCAUACGGCUCUGGUCAAACUAUAGGGAGUAGGGUGUAAUUUUGUCUCAAAGCAUUCUCUGUCCGUCGAAUGGUGCUAGUUCCACCCUGUGGCAGUGGGAACAUGGUACGACCUUCCCUGCACAGCACUAAUGCUCAUAAGCAGGUCACAGUAGAUCAUAACUGCUCUUAGCAGCUACGUAGGCAGUGAGUGUGAGGUAUAGGAGGCAUAAUGUGCUUGGCUAUGCAUGACGAUGAUUUUAACAAGAUCUUUUUAUCCGGAGCCUAUUAACUGUCACAGUAGAAGGGGGGGGUGAAAUUAAAGUUAAUGAUGUCCACCCCUUUCAGAGGAGUCCAUGGUACCUUCCACUGCUCCCCGCCAUGUCUUGGAUGAGCUCAUUUCAGACAGAAAGAGAGGGAGAGGCUUAUCUAUGACCAGACAUGGCUUAUUAUUAUUAAUAUUAUUAUCACCUAGUGGAUAUGUAACUAUACAUGAUAUUAUAAAAAAUGUAAUAAUAUCCGAUAACAACGUCAUUUAGGAGAGUCCCUGAAGGACGUGUGCGCUCUGCAUCCUGAUCUAUUUUAUUUUCUGUUGCGCGUUCCGUAGUCUCUCUCACGUUAGUUUCCCCACCGGGGAGACAUGUAUUAUUUACUGAUCAGAAACUGUCGAGUCACCUUUCGCCCCCUCCUUCUCUUCUUUUUCCUUUCCUCUCUUCUGCUCCCUCUUGUUGUCAUUCUCUCCCUCUUCUUGUGACAUUCUAGUCUUCACUGUGUUUCCCUCGGUGCAUUUACAAAGCUGUGCUUACAAUAAAAUGAAAAAUAAAGAAAACUUGUACAGACCAUAAUAAA